ACAGUUAUCAAAGGAAAAAAAAAUGUCGAGCGGGGCGAGUUUAAGUAUUGAAAAGCUAAAUAAAGAAAAUUACGACACAUGGAAAUUGCAAAUGGAAGCAAUACUCAUUAAAGAUGACUUGUGGGAAUAUGCAAAUGGUUCAAUAAUUAAACCUGAAGCAGCGGAUGAAGCCUCUUUAUGGAAUAAAAGGGAUGAUAAAGCCAGAGCCGAUAUUAUUCUUACCAUAAGUUCGAGUGAGCUAUGUCAUGUGAAGCAUUGCAAAAUUUCACAUGAAAUGUGGAAUAAAUUAAAGGAGGUUUACGAAUCCAAAGGACCCGCAAGAAAAGGUACGCUCUUGAAGCAAUUAUUAUUCACGAAAAUGUCCGGUAGUGAAACGUCCCGAAUACAUACGAAAAUUUUAGAUGUGCAAUCGAAUCGCGGGACCAAUUACCUACUCCAGAUGCGCUUAAGAUAAAAUUAU